CCGUUCCCUUUCGCCCGCGCGGGAGGGGGCAUGAGGAGCCCGCGGGCGCGGCCCCGGGGGACAGGGUCUUGGUUAGGAGCGGGACCCAUCGCUCUGUCUGGCAGCAGACUGAACCCUGCGUUUGCCGGGCGCUGGACUCGUGGAUAGAUCCGAUUUGCCCCCCACAACACCAACAACAGCGCGCUUUGUCUAGAAGGAUCCUAAGAUGUUCCCCGAUUAUAAGCGCGCUCCCAGCACAACCACAGCAGAGCCGCCGAAACGCGUGCUUCCGUCUCCACGGAGACUUUUUGCCUCGGUGCAGCCGCGGGCCAGAUAGGAGCUUUUCCCUCGGGGAAACAGAAGCACGUGCCUGUAUGGAUGCGAGGGAGCGGCAAGGAGGGGCGGAGGGCUGCCGUGCGGACGGAGAAACGGGGAGACGAGCAGCGUGCGUCGGUCUUCCGAAACAGCUGCGUCUGCAAGAAGGGAGACGUGCGAGGACCGCGCUCUGCAGCGAAUGAAACCUUGGUGAUAACUUUUAGCGUUACCUAUUCCUCCAAGAAUGGAACCAUUGUGGAACUACCCAGGCAAGUAGACUUCCCUGCUGGGUUAACUAGUUCAACCUUUCAAGUGAAAGCCAAAGAUGUCGGCCAAGUUACAGUUUACCUUCAUACCAAUAAUUCCAACCAAACCGGCCCAAGGAUUCGCUUUCAGGUGCUUCAUAGCCAGAUACUGCGAUACAUAGACCAGGUGAUUGGCUGGAUCUACUUCUUAGCCUGGUCCAUCUCCUUCUACCCACAGGUUAUUGAGAACUGUCGGCGAAAGAGUGUCGUUGGGCUGAGCUUUGACUUCAUCGCAUUAAACCUCACUGGCUUCAUAGCAUACAGCGUGUUUAAUGUGGGGCUCUUCUGGAUCGUUGCCAUCAGGGAGCAAUUCCUACAUCAGUAUCCCAACGGCGUGAACCCUGUGGAAAGCAGCGAUGUCUUCUUUAGUCUCCAUGCAGUAGCUAUCACGCUCUUUAUCAUCUUUCAGUGCUGCAUAUAUGAGAGAGCUAGCCAGAAAGUCUCCAAAAUAGUGGUUGGGCUGCUGGCGCUUGCAUGGAUCUUCACCUUCACCAUGCUGUCUCUAGCUGUGGCUGACCAGAUCACAUGGCUACAAUUCUUAUUCUUCUUCUCAUACGUUAAACUGGGAGUCACGCUGAUCAAAUAUUUUCCACAGGCAUACCUGAAUUUUCGUCGCCAGAGCACAGAGGGGUGGAGCAUCGGAAACGUCCUGCUAGACUUCAUCGGUGGGAGCUUCAGCCUCCUUCAGAUGUUUCUGCAGUCGUACAACAACGAGGAAUGGAAGCUGAUCUUUGGAGAUCCCACCAAGUUUGGGCUGGGCCUCUUCUCCAUUGUCUUCGAUAUCCUAUUUAUGAUCCAGCAUUACUGCCUCUACAGGACACGAGGAUACGAGCCUUGUGACUGAGGCCUUCGCCCCGCGUGGACACCAGGACGGGAUGAGUUGGCCUUACCACCAUGAGAUUGCCCGAUUAGUUGCCAGGUUCCUCUUCGGCAGGGACUGUGGUGAACCCCCAUCCCACUGAAUGCCAAAUGCCUUAAAAGGAUACCACAUUAUCCACCCAUUGACACAGGGAAGAGAUUAGCUCUUCAAGCUAGUUUGGAGCCCGUCCGGCUUGGGCUGUCCUAGCUGUGGCUCUCCUCACUGCUCUAACAUGGGUGCGAUUAUGCAGGGUCUCCUUUGUGCUAGUUUCCAAAGAGCCAGAACCCGGGCCAGCAAAACCCCUCGCUAUCAGGGACCUAAUACAACCAGUGCUAACAAAGUAACAGGGGAACAGGUAGGUUGGCAGAGAGCAGGAUCCAGCCACUUUGCCUCUCCUUUCCAAACCAGGCUGUACAAGUAGGAGAAGCUGCUGACACCUGUUUGGGGUUGUCUCCAUCAGGACAUGGGUAGCAAGGGACACCCCACUCCUGCAACACAUUCCAUGACAGUCAGUGGCUGAACUUACUAAGUGCAAGAAACCUAAUGCGUUCACUUGAGCAGCUCCUCUGUCACAGCUUUUCCUCCCAAAGGUGCUAAGUACCCCAGAUCAAGUGUGAGACUUCGCUGCACUAAAUAGCGAGCUAGUGACCCUGGGUCCUGUUUGCCGAGACAAGAACAGCCGGUGUGAGAACUCCACGUGGGCCGGGUUCAACUGCCUAAGAAUUAAAAACUUGUACGAAGCAUCUUAAA